AUUCUAUCAUAUGGCAAUAAUUGAAGUGUGUGGAGGAUAAGAUUCUUUUUGCUUGGAGGAAAAGAUUAGCAAACAGUAAUUCAGCCAAAAUGGUAUCAUAUACAAAAACAAUGGCUACCAGUUUCUCUCUCACACACACACACACACACACAGACACACAAUUCCCUCAUAAUUUGCAUACCAAAUCAAGAAGAAAGUGACAUAAAUUGAAGCAGCUUCACAUGGCAGGGUUAACAUUUCUUUCCUGUGUCCUGGUUUUGGUGGCAAGCCUUCUCCUCCAGGGCUGCUACAAUUAUUUUGUCCACACCAAUGACAAACAUGUCACCCUGUUCAUAUUUGGUGAUUCGUUUUUUGAUGCCGGAAACAACAACUACAUCAACACCACCACUCAUUUCCAGGCCAAUUUUUGGCCCUAUGGCGAAACAUUCUUCAAGUAUCCCACUGGAAGAUUUUCUGAUGGUCGUCUCAUCCCUGACUUUAUUGCUGAGUAUGCAAAGCUACCGCUGAUUCCACCAUAUCUACAACCUAGCAAUCAUCGACAUUACGAAUUCGGGGCCAACUUUGCGUCUGGUGGAGCUGGUGCUUUGGUUGAAAUUUAUCCAGGGAUGGUGGUUAACCUUAAAACACAACUAAGCUAUUUUGACAAUGUAGAGAAGAUGUUGAGGAGGAAGGUAGGUGAAAGAGAAGCAAAGCAACUGCUGUCGAAUUCUAUAUACUUGUUUAGUAUUGGGAACAAUGAUUACUUGAGUGCUGUUAAGACAAACUCCAGCUUCUAUCAUUCAUAUUCUCAGGUAGAAUAUGUGGAGAUGGUGAUAGGAAACUUGACGACUGUGAUCAAUGAAAUAUACAAGAAAGGAGGGAGGAAAUUUGGAUUUCUUAGCUUGGGGCCCUUGGGUUGUUCACCAAGUAUUAGAGCACUCAAUUAUUCAAGAAAUGCUGGGGAAGAAAUCACAUCCUUAGUAAAACUACACAAUAAGGCACUUUCCAAGACUCUCCAUAGGCUAGAGAGGCAAUUGGAAGGAUUUAUGUAUUCAAAUUUCAACUUCUACACUCCUUUUAGUGAAAGAAUUGACAACCCAUCAAAAUAUGGUAUCAGCUUCAAGGAAGGCAAGUCUGCAUGCUGCGGCACCGGCAGUUUCCGAGGAGUUCAGACCUGUGGAGGAAAGAGAGAAGUGAAAGAGUAUGAAUUAUGCAACAAUGCCAGUGAAUAUGUGUUCUUUGACUCUAGUCAUCCAACUGAAUUGGCCUAUCAACAAUUUGCCAGUCUAAUGUGGAGUGGACCACCUGAUCUCGCACGGCCCUACAAUUUGAAGGCACUUUUUGCACAUAUCUAAGGAUUGAAUCUCAUGAUUCUGUCCACAAUAUAUAUGAUAUGUUCCAGGAAUAAGUUGGUUCAAUUUUUCAUCCUUUUGAGCUGAAUAGUUUCUUGUUAGACACAAGUACUUGUUUUAUAUGUGUAUUGAAUAUUUUAUUUUUAGUCA